AUGGAAGAAGGUGGUUCCUCAACAAUGGACGAAGAUUAUGAUUCAAACCUGGACGAAGUGGUUGUUGUACCUGAGUGUUCGAAAGAGUUGAAGCCUGUGGUUGGCCAGAAGUUCAAAUCAUUGGAUUUUUGUUUCGCGUUCUACGAUGUGUAUGCCCGGGCUGUUGGUUUUGAUACUCGUAAAUCAAAAAUGAGGAAAACUGAUGGUAUAAUUACUUGGUAUAACGUAGUAUGCAACAGGGAAGGCAGCAAGAAGUCGAGCGAGGAUGACCAAGCAAAUGCACGGUCUGGUUUUUCGUUAAAACGUCGACGUUUAUCCAAGCGUUGUGGUUGUAAAGCCAGUAUCUCAUUCAAGUUCUUCUCCGACGGAGGAGUUUCAGGUUAUACUGUCGAGGAGUUUAACGAAGUUCAUAACCAUUACAUGGUUGGGACCGAGCAUCAGCAGUUUAUGUCAAUCAAUCGAAAGUUGGACGACGUACAUCACCAAUUUAUCCUUGAUUGUUCAAAGGCUAACAUAGGUCCCACGCUCACGUUUAAUGUGCUGAAGGAAAUUCUGGGUGGUUUUCAGCUCGUUGGCUGCAAUGUUGGGGAUAUAAGGAAUGCUUCACGAGACAUCAAGGCAUACGCUCAUGGUUUUGACGUACAAAUGGUUUUGGAUGAUAUGGCUAGGAAGAAGGAGAUGUCCGAAGCAUUCACAUAUGAGUACGAGGUUAAUGCUAGCAACCAGCUUGUUGCUUUGUUCUGGUGUGAUGGUUUGAUGAAGAGGAAUUACCACAUGUUCGGUGAUAUUGUGGCUUUUGACACCACCUACAACACCAAUAGGUAUUGUAUGAUCUUCGCGCCAUUCACGGGAAAGGACAAUCAUGGACGACCAGUGACUUUCGCUGCUGGUUUGGUAAGCAACGAGAAGACAGGCGCUUUUGCAUGGCUGUUUAGACAUUUUGUCCAAUGUAUGGGGGUUGCUCCGAAGAUGAUUGUUACAGAUCAAGAUUUGGGGAUGAGAUCGGCUAUUGAAGAGAUUCUUGUCGGGACUCGCCACAGAUGGUGUAUGUGGCAUAUCAUGCAUAAGUUGGCCAAUAAAGUUCCUGGUCGGUUGUUGCGGGACGAAGAUUUCAAGAAAGAGUUCAAUGCCUGCGUCUGGUCGGAUCUGCUUGAACCCGACGAGUUCGAAGAAGAGUGGAAUGGAGUACUUGAACGUUACGACCUGGAAGACCAUGGUUGGUUGAAGACAUUGUACGACUACAGGCAAUUAUGCAUACCUGCAUACUUCAGAGAUUUCCCAAUGGGCUCGAUGAUUAGGACCACCUCUAUUUCUGAGUCAGAGAACAGCUUCUAUAAAAAAUUUCUCAAGCCACGCAACAACAUUGCCGAAUUCUACUUGAAUUUCAACCAAGCUGUGGAUUUUCAGCGGAAUAGUAGAACAAAGCUGGACUACCAAGACGCGACUGCCCUGCCUAUAUUGGCCACUACUCUGCCUUUCGAGAAACAUGCUUCUACUCUGUACACAGAUAGUAUGUUCAAGAAAAUACAAGAGGAGAUCGUUGAGAGAAAUGACAGAUGUCGCGUUUUGGGGUUCUCAUCUGCAGACAGUGUUGACACCUACAUUCCUACUUUGCAGGGCUAUCUGUGCAGCCAUGUCUUCUUUUUGUUCCGGAACAAUGAAGUAAAAAAGAUUCCUGAUAACUACUGUGCAAGUAAAUGGAUGAAGACUCCGCUGGUUAAGGCUGUCCAUGGAGAUGUUGAUGAGACUUUACCUACACAGUCCGUUUUUUAUGAAAGGCAAAACGUUUCAAAGCAAGGGAUCUCACUGUUCUAUGGAUUUCUUCGUCGAUUUGUGACGAACAUUGAUGUGCUUCGUGCAUUCGUAGGUGGAUUGGAGGAACUUGGUAAUUCACUUCACGCUGGAACUCCUUUGCCAUCCGCUUCUGAGAAGAGGCGAAUGAUUGAACAGUUUUAUGGAAUGGAAAGGCCGGAAGUCAUCGAGGUCCACCCUCCGGAUGUGGUAAAGACGAAGGGGCACGCGAGCAGCUCCGCUAGUCGUCUGAUUUCGAAGAGAGAAAAGGCUAUCAAGGAUGCUACUAGGCCUCUUAGACGGUGUAAGGCGUGCGAUGAGUUGUGCCAUCACGACUCAAGAAAUUGUCCUAUGCUUAAAGAGCUUGAAACGGAGAAUGAGCUGCGUAAGGGAAAGAGGAAAUCUUGA